AUGAGCCCCCAGGAGAGCUCUGUCCAACCUUCCCAGUUCCUCCUGCUGGUGGGGAUCCCUGUGGCCAGUGCUCUCCUUCUGGCUCAGUGUCUUCGAUGGCACUGUUGUAAGUGGCUGCCAGGGGCCUGCCGGAAGCCGGAUGACCCAGAGGAACCAGUGUCCCCAUCCACUCCAUUACCAGAGUAUGAACUCCCAAGGCAGGGCCCAGCCCCCACACCGGAGGUGGCCGCGUUCUACCAGGAACUCCACAUGCCUACCCGGGGCCAGACUGUCACCCGCCAGCUGAUGCAUAAGCUACUGGUGUUUUCUGCUCGAGAGGUUGAUCACCGUGGUGGAUGUCUGAUCCUGCAGGACACGGGCAUCUCCCUGCUCAUCCCGCCAGGUGCUGUGACUGUGGGUCGCCAGGAAAGAGUGUCCUUGGUUCUGGUGUGGGACCUGACAGAUGCCCCAUCACUGUCCCACAGACAGGGACUAGUGAGUCCUGUGGUGGCCUGUGGCCCUCACGGGGCCUCUUUCCUGAAGCCUUGCACACUCACGUUCAAGCACUGCGCCCAACAGCCAGGUCAAGCCUGUGCCUACAGCAGCAAUACCUCCUUGCUGGAUGCCAAGGACUGGAGGCCCCUGGGUCAGCCGGGGACUCAUAUCUCCAGGGACGAGUGUCGUAUCCUGCUCUCUCACUUUAGUCUCUACACCUGUGUUCUGGAGGCGCCCCAGGGCCAGACAGCCCGCAAGUGGCUGCAGCUGGCGAUGUUCUGCUCCCCACUGGCACCAGGACAGACACACCUGCAGCUGCGCGUCUACUUCCUGAACAACACUCCCUGCGCCCUGCAGUGGGCUAUCACCAAUGAACAGCCGCACGGAGGACGCAUGCGUGGGCCGUGCCAGCUCUUCGACUUCACUGGGGCCAGAGCAGACCAAUGCCUGAAGCUCAAGUACAUCUCUGAAGGUUGGGAGAAUGUGGAUGACAGCAGUAGCCAGCUGGUUCCGCAUCUCCACAUCUGGCACGGAAAGUGCCCCUUCCGUUCUUUCUGCUUCCGGAGAAAAGCAGCCAAUGGGAAUGAAGAGUGCUCGGCAUUAACCAAUGAGAUCAUUGUCACCAUGCACACCUUCCAGGAUGGCUUGGAAACCAAAUACGUUGAAAUCCUCAGAUUCCAAGCAUCAGAGGAAGAGACCUGGGCGGUGCCCCCUCCUGUCUCCCAGCCACCCCUGUGCAACAGGCUGCCCCCAGAACUCUUUGAGCAGCUGCAGAUGUUGUUAGAGCCCAACAGUGUCACUGGGAAUGACUGGCGCAGACUGGCCUCCCACCUGGGGCUCUGUGGCAUGAAAAUCCGGUUCUUGUCCUGCCAGCGCAGUCCCGCCGCGGCCAUUCUGGAAUUGUUCGAGGAACAGAAUGGCAGCCUGCAGGAGCUGCACUACCUCAUGACCUCCAUGGAGCGGCUAGACUGCGCCUCUGCCAUCCAGAACUACCUGAACCGGACUCCCCGGGGCAGCCCUGCCAGGUUGCACGGAGGCACCUGGGAGAACCGUGGCCUAGAGCUGGAUGAGAAACUCUAA